AUGCUUUCAACUUCUGCGACUGCUAUGAAUUUUUACAAGGUUACUCCGGUCAAAGAAUGGACAUGUAACAACGUAAUGAACUAUUAUUGCGAGGAGUUAAAUAUAUUAAAAAAAGCAAACAUUCUAGACGAUAUAAAGAAAAAUCUUCAGAAGGUAGCAAAGGUUAAUUCUGGAUUCGACGCGACGUGUAGAAUAAAAGUCCAAGAACUUAUUGAUAAUUGGAAGAUUUUAUUUGCCAAGGAUUGGGUUACCUUAGUGAAAAAAAUACAUAGAUCAAGUCGAAUUAACAAAAAGAUUGAGUUUGUUGAUGAUAGUCAAAAGCGUUCUCUGGAUAAUUAUGAACAGAUGGAUGAAGAAGCAUUGGCGAAGAAGGCAAAACUUGAUGUUGAAGCGGAAGAUACAAAUCCUAAUGCAAACCUUGUUUGCGAUAAGAAUAGAUUUAGAUUAUUAAUUUUGCAACAUACCUCAUUAUCAAAUAGUAAUCAAACUUCUCAUGAAACAAAUAAUUUGGUUGAAGAGAAGAAUACAGAGGAAUUCAUCGAGAUGAAACAAAAAGAUUUUAGAGAUUGUGGGCUAGAAAUGAGGCCAACGAUGAGACUUGCAGACCUUUCUAAAGAGCUUAAUGACCAAAAUAAAGAUUCAAAACUCAAUAGAGAUCUCUGUAAACUCCUUAAUGGUAGAAAUAAGAGUAUUUGUGCCAAAUUUCAAAAUAUUAAGGGAGAUAUAGAAAAGAUUAGACAUCAGAUAGAAAAGAUUGAUAAUACAGUGAAAAGUCUUGAACAAAGAAAUGAUAUCGAAGGAAGUGAAUUUGGCUACUAA